CAAGGGCCCCGCCAUUAAGUCACGUCCAGCAGAGAUCGGAAUAGGGGGCGGAGGAGACGGGUGCUGGGGCACCGCUUCUGGAAGCCAGGUGUCUGGUGGAGGCGACAGCGGUGAGGGGCGGUUGGGCGCUAGGCGGUGGCUCUGGCGGUGGAGACUCUAAUUAGACGGCUGAAGUGGACAGUUCUGAGGGGUCCCCGGAAGGUGGGGUCGGCGAGGAAAGGAGACUGAAGUGAAAAACAGUAGAACCGAGGGUGGGGGCGAAAGUAGGGCGGGAUAAAGAGCGAGUAGAAGCCGAGAGUCCCUGCGGGGGGGAAGGCGGAGCCAGGGCUAGCCUGGGGCAUCUCUCCCGCUCAGGCUCCGCCGCGUUCCUGGCGCACCUGUCCGGGAGCGGGGAAGGGAUGUCCUUGCGCCCGAGGGACCUCCAGUCCGAGGGGCUUCCUCAGAACUCGGGACUCCCGAGAAGACUCCACCUCCCCCCUCCAGCGGGCCGAGCCCAGUAAGUGAAGGGGCGUGACGCUGGUGCUCAGGUUUCUUCCUCCACACCUGAGCCAGGAGGGGUGGGGGCAAGGACUUCCGGCUCAGGUGAGUGUCCCUUCGGUGACGUCAGGUCACCCUCGGCCGCCCCUCGAUCACUCCCUGUCUCGCGCCCCCGACGCCCUACUUAUACUCAGGUGCGCAGCACCUGUCCGCCCGCACCUGCCCGCUCACCGCUGAGCGACCUCUAGUUGGCACAGCAGCUUCGGGCCGACAGCCCAGGAUACUCUGGGGACUUCCAGCACCCGGAGGCCGCGCCCGUACGGCCCCUCCACCUUUUGUUUGGGAAGAGUCGCCGAGCGCCCGAGGGAGCCGCCAGGCCUUCGCGGAUCGCUUUUGUCGGUCACCAGUCCUGUUCCCCUCUGCCGUGAGACUCUCGCCUCGCCGGAGGGGUCGGUUUGUUUACUCCGGAGACCAGAUUUGCAAGCAGUCGACCAACUUCUUUUUUGCCUCUUUGGGUGACUUAAAAACUCGUCCGCCAGGCGCCCCCCGUCUAUUCUGAAGGCGGAAAUGGCCAAUUCGGGCCUGCAGCUGCUGGGCUUUUCCAUGGCUCUGGUGGGCUGGGUGGGCCUGGUGGCAUGCACCGCCAUCCCGCAGUGGCAGAUGAGCUCGUACGCUGGCGACAAUAUCAUCACCGCCCAGGCCAUGUACAAGGGGCUGUGGAUGGACUGCGUCACGCAGAGCACCGGCAUGAUGAGCUGCAAAAUGUACGACUCGGUGCUCUCCCUGCCGGCGGCCUUGCAGGCCACUCGAGCCCUAAUGGUGGUUUCCCUGGUGCUGGGCUUCCUGGCCACAUUCGUGGCCACGAUGGGCAUGAAGUGUACAAACUGUGGGGGAGACGACAAAGUGAAGAAGGCCCGGAUAGCCAUGACGGGAGGCAUCAUUUUCAUCUUGGCAGGUCUUGCUGCCUUGAUAGCUUGCUCCUGGUACGGCCAUCAGAUUGUCUCAGAUUUCUAUAACCCGUUGGUCCCCAUGAAUGUUAAGUAUGAAUUUGGUCCUGCCAUCUUCAUUGGCUGGGCAGGGUCUGCUCUGGUCAUCCUGGGAGGUGCACUGCUCUCUUGCUCUUGUCCUGGGAGUGAGAGCAAAGCUGGAUACCGUGCACCUCGCUCCUACCCUAAGCCCAACUCUGCCAAGGAGUAUGUGUGAGCUGGGAUGCCCCUGCCCCAACCUGGCAGCCUACAGGUGCCUCCUUAUGAAAGGACCUGGGGCAGAGAGCUCAGCCUGUGGGCAGGGUGCCAAGCAAAAGCCUUCAGUCACUCUAGCCCAGCACACCGUGUACAGUUUCCUGGGGGGUUGGGUGGGGGGGACAAAAAUGGGAGGGUGUGCUUUUUGUACAGUAAUAAAAAUAUGUUUUGGAAA